CUGAGGAGGAGAACGAGGGAUUCCGAGGGUGGGACUGGGCAGAGCGUGUGUGUGCGGGCGCGUGGGUCCGGAGCCACCGGGGAGGCGGUGAAGAGGGCACAGCAUGGCAGUGCCCGGCGAGGCUGCGCUCGUCAGGGACAAGCCCGUGCGCGGAGCAAGGGUGAGUCCAGCCCCCGCGGCGGGCCGGGACUGCCACCGUCGUGCGGGCCCGGCGUCCUCGCCGAUCUCCGGCUGCGGCGGCUGCUGGGGAGACGUGGUGCUGCAGCCUCUCCGGCGCUCCCGGAAACUUUCCUCCGCACUGUGCGCGGGAUCCCUGUCCUUUCUGCUGGCGCUGCUGGUGAGGCUGGUCCGCGGGGAGAUCGGCUGUGACCCGGAGCAGAGCAGGGAGGCGGCGGCGGCGGAGGAGGAGGAGGAAGCAGCCCCCGGGGCAGGAGGGGGCGUCCUCCCCGGGCCUCGGGGAGGCGCUCCCGGGGGCGGCGCGCCGCUCAGCCCCUGGCUGCAGCCCUCGGCGCUGCUCUUCAGUCUCCUCUGUGCCUUCUCCUGGAUGGGCUUGUACCUCCUGCGCGCAGGGGUGCGCCUGCCUCUGGCCGUCGCGCUGCUGGCCGCCUGCUGCGGGGGGGAAGCGCUCGUCCAGAUUGGGCUGGGCGUCGGGGAGGAUCUCUUACUCUCGCUCCCCGCCGCGGGGGUGGUGCUCAGCUGCUUGGCGGCCGCGACAUGGCUGGUGCUGAGGCUGAGGCUGGGCGUCCUCAUGAUCGCCUUGACUAGUGCGGUCAGGACCGUGUCCCUCAUUUCCUUAGAGAGGUUCAAGGUCGCCUGGAGACCUUACCUGGCGUACUUGGCCGGCGUGCUGGGGAUCCUCCUGGCCAGGUACGUGGAGCAAAUCUUGCCGCAGUCCGGGGAGGCGGCUCCGAGGGAGCGUUCUGGGUCCCACCUUGUCGGGACCAGGGAAGACAUCCCCGUGUUUAAGAGGAGGAGGCGGUCCAGCUCCGUGGUGUCCGCCGAGAUGUCUGGCUGCAGCAGCAAGUCCCAUCGGCGGACCUCCCUGCCGUGUAUACCGAGGGAACAGCUCAUGGGGCAUUCAGAAUGGGACCACAAACGAGGCCCACGAGGAUCACAGUCUUCAGGAACCAGCAUCACUGUGGACAUCGCUGUGAUGGGCGAGGCCCACGGCCUCAUCACCGACCUCCUGGCAGACCCUUCUCUGCCGCCAACUGUGUGCACGUCCCUGAGGGCUGUGAGCAAUCUGCUCAGCACACAGCUCACCUUCCAGGCCAUCCACAAGCCCAGAGUGAAUCCCUUCAUUCCCCUCAGUGAAAACUACACCUGCUCCGACUCGGAAGAUGGCUCUGACAAAGACAAGCUGGCCAUCACUAAGCGCCUGAGAAGAAGUUUGCCCCCAGGUUUGCUGAGACGAGUUUCUUCCACUUGGACAACCACCACCUCAGCAACAGGUCUGCCCACCCUGGAGCCCGCACCCGUACGAAGGGACCGCAGCGCCAGCAUCAAACCGCACGACGCCCCUUCAUCCAGUGUGGCUAGUCCUGAUUCUUGGAAUAACCCAGGCAUGACAACCCUCACCAAAAGCAGAUCCUUCACUUCAUCCUAUGCUGUUUCUGCCACAAACCACGUAAAGGCUAAAAAGCAAAAUCGACCAAGUGCCCUAGCUAAAAUUUCACCUCUUUCAUCGCCCUGCUCCUCACCUCUGCAAGGGACUCCUACCAGCAGCCCCAUCAGCAAAAUUUCAGGAGCACAGUUUCCAGAAUCUUCUAACACAACUGCAAAACAAGGCCUGAGCUCUCACAGGACCUUAACUUACACUCAGAGUGCCCCUGACUUAUCCCCUCAGAUCCUGACUCCACCUAUCAUAUGUAGCAGCUGUGGCAGGCCGUACUCCCCAGGGAAUCCUGCGGAUGGGCCCUUGGAGAGAAGUGGGGCAGAUACUCAGAUACCAAGCAGAACAGAUGACACUGUUCAAGUUACCUCUGAUUAUGAAACCAAUAACAACAGUGACAGCAGUGACAUCGUACAGAAUGAAGAUGAGACCCAGUGUCCCAGGGAGCCCCUGAGGAAAGCAUCAGCUUGCAGCCCUUACGCUCCAGAGCCCAUGAUGUUCCUGGACAAACCGAUUCUUGCUCCUGAACCUCUUGUCAUGGAUAAUCUGGACUCAAUUAUGGAGCAGUUAAAUACGUGGAAUUUUCCAAUUUUUGAUUUAGUAGAAAGCAUAGGGAAGAAAUGUGGCCGUAUUCUUAGUCAGGUAUCAUACAGACUUUUUGAAGACAUGGGCCUCUUUGAAGCUUUUAAAAUUCCAGUUAGGGAAUUUAUGAAUUAUUUUCAUGCUUUGGAGAUUGGAUACAGGGAUAUUCCUUAUCAUAACAGAAUUCAUGCAACUGACGUCUUACACGCCGUGUGGUAUCUUACUACACAACCGAUUCCAGGCCUUUCCACUGUGAUUAAUGAUCAUGGUUCAGCAAGUGACUCAGAUUCUGACAGUGGAUUUACACAUGGACAUAUGGGAUAUGUAUUCUCAAAAAUGUAUAAUGUGACAGAUGAUAAAUACGGGUGUCUGUCCGGGAAUAUCCCUGCCUUAGAGUUGAUGGCACUGUAUGUGGCUGCAGCCAUGCACGAUUAUGACCACCCAGGGAGGACUAAUGCUUUCCUGGUUGCAACUAGUGCUCCGCAGGCGGUGCUAUAUAAUGAUCGUUCAGUUUUGGAGAAUCACCAUGCAGCUGCUGCGUGGAAUCUUUUCAUGUCCCGGCCAGAGUAUAACUUUUUAGUUAACCUUGACCAUGUGGAAUUUAAGCAUUUCCGUUUCCUUGUCAUUGAAGCAAUUUUGGCCACUGACCUGAAGAAACACUUUGACUUCGUCGCCAAAUUGAAUGCCAAGGUGAAUGAUGAUGUUGGAAUAGAUUGGACCAAUGAAAACGACCGUCUGCUGGUUUGUCAGAUGUGUAUAAAGUUGGCUGAUAUUAAUGGGCCAGCUAAAUGUAAAGAACUCCAUCUACAGUGGACAGAGGGUAUUGUCAAUGAGUUUUAUGAACAGGGUGAUGAGGAGGCCAGCCUCGGGUUACCCAUAAGCCCCUUCAUGGACCGUUCUGCCCCUCAGUUGGCCAAUCUUCAGGAAUCCUUCAUCUCUCACAUCGUGGGUCCUCUGUGCAACUCCUAUGACUCAGCAGGACUAAUGCCAGGGAAAUGGGUGGAAGACAGUGAUGAGUCAGGAGAUACUGAUGACCCCGAAGAAGAGGAAGCCGCAGCAGCCAAUGAAGAAGAAACCUGUGAAAAUAAUGAAUCUGCAAGAAAGAAAACUUUCAAAAGGAGGAAAAUCUACUGCCAAAUAACUCAGCACCUCUUGCAGAACCACAAGAUGUGGAAGAACGUCAUUGAAGAGGAACAGCGGUUCGCAGGCAUAGAAGAUCAGUCCCUGGACCAGAGCACUCAGCAACACUCUUCAGAACAGAUCCAGGCCAUCAGGGAAGAAGAGGAAGAGAAAGGGAAACCCAGAGGAGAGGAGAGCCCACCUCCGAAGCCCAGCCAGUGACAGUGGACAGGAUGAGCUGGGUGUCCCACCAGACUGACUUGCCGCAGACUCUUUCCAAGCCAGCACAACACUGAAGACACAACACUGUAGAAAUACGAGAAGAGGGGCAAAUGGCUAUUGCAUCUGGGAUUCCUUGUAUUCUAUGUGUUUAUUUUUAUAGUGAGGUACAUUGUUAACAAAACUCUUGCUCAAAGAAGCUUUCACAUUGCAACACCAGUUUCAAAGGAUUUUUCUUUUUUUAAGGAGGAGCUAGUUGUGUGUGUGUAUGUAAGGUCCCACAUAGAUACGUGUAAAACAUAUUCACACACACGCAUACACAUACACACUGAAAGCCAGGAAAACUGGCUCCACCAUGUAGUAACAUUCGUAUUAAGAUAUAGAGUGGUCACUGUGAUAUAAAAAUCAUAAAGGAAACCAAAUCACAAUGGAAAUGGUGCGGCUUAGCAGGGAAACAGGGCAGCCAAUGUAGGUUACCCACUAAGCAGCUUUUGCUCUUAGUACCGAGGGGUGAACGCUCCAGAACAUUAGUUGGAUCCUGAGACAUCCUGCCAACACUGUGUGUGAUUGUGUCAGUGUGUGUGUGUACGAGAAAAAGACCAGAUCCAGGUUGAAAGGGUGUUUGUGUGCGUGUGUGCGUAUGUACUGAGAGAGUUUUGUGGUUUUCGUAGCUCACAGAGUAGCUGUAGCAGAUGACUGAGUGUAUGUGAACAAACAGCAGAAGUUCGCUCUGCAGUGUCUCUGAGAGGCAGCCAUUUCAAAUGCACCUGCUCCACGGAGCGCCCUCAAGGGUCCCUUUGCAGAGAGGGAGGGCACCCCCUGGCGGGAUGAGGGCCACAUGUUGGGUAUUACCGCUGUGCACCACUUGGAGGCGCUCUAUCAUCAGCCUCCAGCACACAAGACUGAGGCAUUUUCCAGUCUACUCCCCUAAUGAAUGUAUAGGAGCUGUUUGUGAGUAUGGAUGUCCCUCAGUAAAAGCCCGUCACCAUUUCAGGGGAUGGAAUUCUUUCGGAAGAAGCCGGAGUGAUGUCCUUUAAUCAGGGUAGAAUACUAAAAGGAUGCCGGAGAAGGCCUGGGAUAUUGCACUUAACAGUGAUCUCCUGCGUCAUCUUAAUUUGCUGCAAAAUGUGUGGUAGAAAAAGAGAAAGGCAGGCAAGCAAACCCCCCCUCUGGGUUAUACAGAAAGUGAUGAAGGAGAAAAUGUCAACCUAGGAGUUUUGGGGCAGCAUAGGGAAGGCCUGAUCCUUGGAAACUGUUGAAGUUUGACUUUGGGGGAUGAAGGUCUCCCUGACACCCCAGCAGAGGUUUUCCACGCUGUAUAAGGGGACACCCUCCAUCUGCAAUCAGGUCCUCCGUCAGUCAUACUGCUUCUGACAGGGAAGAUUAUAGAGGGACUGUUUGGGGGUUGGGUUAUUACUGCAAGUCUUAUUUUUUUGUUGUUUGUUUAUCUACACUUGUUCAUGCUGUGAGCCAAACCUCUAUUUAAAAAAGUUGAUACUCACUUUCAAUAUUUUAUUUCAUAUUAUUAUAUAUGUCAUGAAUAGUUAUGUUGAUGUAAAUAUAAAGAUUUUUGUUUCUGUAGAUAGUAAACUCCUUUUUUAAAAAAGAGAAAAGGGAGACAUUUUUAUAAAGUUAUAUUUUAAUCACCAUUUUUAUACGUUAUAGUUAUCUCCAAGCCCAGCAAGAGAGUGAUGAUUUAUUUGCAAGGAGGUGAAUAGCCACUCAUCUACCUAUGCUAAUUUAAAUGAUAAUCUGAUACAGUUAUUUCCGCCAAUUAAAUGAGGAUGCUGCGAAGAGUGUGUUUUUUCACUAGUAACUUUUGCUAACUGAAUGAAUUUUGGGUUCCUGUCUCCCAGAUGACUUUUUUAACCAAUGCCACAUUUGUAUAGCUGGUGUCCAUUUGUCCAUUUCUAACACUUCUUAAUUAUAACUCUUCCUUCAGUGUUAUAUACACACCUCCUUAUCAUCUAAACAAUCUUGGCUUCUAAGUAAACAUGGAUGGUGAUUUUUAUUUCCUCUGAAGUCAUAGAAAGGAAUGUUUACAUUGGAAAAUAUCUUUGUUUCUCA